AUGAAUUGUAUUCUUUGGAAGAGUCUGACUACGAAGAGUUUAACUACUAGAAUAAUGAUUCAGAAUCCAAUGAUAUGGGUAGAUUGUGAAAUGUCCGGUUUGGAUCCUGAAAAACACGAAUUACUUGAGAUUGCUGUUCUAAUUACUGAUGGAAAUUUAAAUAUCAUAGAAAGUAAAGGAUUUCAAAGAGUUAUUCAUCACCCAGAACAUAUUUUGAAUUCUAUGGACUCUUGGUGUAGAAAAUAUCAUGAAGAGAAUGGCCUUAUUCAAAGUGUUUUGUCAUCUUCGCAUACUUUGGUAUCUACAGAAAUAGAGCUUUUGGAUUAUCUCCAAAAAUACAUUUCAAAACCUAAAGUUGCUUUGUUGGCAGGAAAUAGUGUUUAUGUCGAUAGAGCUUUUUUAUCUCGUUAUAUUCCAAGCGUUCUAGAAUAUUUGCAUUAUAGAAUUAUUGAUGUUUCUACAAUAAAGGAACUUGCUAGAUGUUGGAAUUAUGAAGUUUUUCAAAGUGCUCCAAAAAAAAAAGCUAAUCAUAGGGCCAUGGAUGAUAUCUUAGGGAGUAUAGAAGAACUUAAGUAUUACAAAAAAGCAUGGCUUAUAUGA